GCCAAACGUAGCUACGCGGGUAAACAUCACAGUCGUCUAGUUUGCACUCAGCAAGCACAGAACACAAUGGCUACCGGACUGUACGUUAAGAAACGAGAUGGUCGGCAUGAAAAGGUUAUGUUUGACAAAAUAACGUCGCGAGUUGAGAAGCUGUGCUAUUCAUUGAAUCAGGAACACGUCGAUCCGGCUGUGAUUACCAUGAAAGUAAUCAGUGGCAUCUACCCUGGUGUUACGACUGUCGAGUUGGACACCCUGGCGGCCGAGACUGCCGCCACCAUGACGACCAAACAUCCCGACUUUGCCGUGUUGGCCGCCCGUAUCGCCGUCUCCAAUCUCCACAAAGAGACAAAGAAACAUUUUAGUGCUGUUGUUGAGGAUUUGUACAAGUAUGUGAAUCCGGUGAAUCAACGGGCAUGCCCGAUGGUUUCCAAGGAAACCUACGACCUUGUCGUGGCGAACGCAGAGCGACUCAAUUCGACGAUUAUCUAUGAUAGAGAUUACAGUUACAGCUACUUUGGGUUCAAGACAUUGGAAAGAUCAUACUUACUGAAGAUUAAUGGAAAAAUUGCUGAGCGUCCGCAGCACAUGUUGAUGAGGGUUGCAGUUGGUAUUCAUGGAAAUGACAUUGAUGCGGCAAUUACAACGUACAACUUGAUGUCUGAGCGUUGGUUCACUCAUGCUUCGCCUACACUGUUCAAUGCUGGUACACGACGGCCGCAGUUGUCGAGUUGUUUUCUUCUCACGAUGACAGAUGACAGCAUUGAGGGUAUCUAUGACACGCUGAAAUUGUGUGCGAACAUCUCAAAGACGGCAGGCGGGAUUGGUCUCAAUGUUCACUGCAUUAGAGCUCAUGGCAGUUUCAUUGCUGGAACGAACGGCUUGUCAAAUGGACUAGUUCCAAUGCUUAGAGUUUACAACAACACAGCAAGAUACGUUGACCAGGGAGGGAACAAGAGACCGGGAGCGUUUGCUAUUUACUUGGAGCCUUGGCAUGCCGAUGUGUUUGAAUUUCUUGAAUUGAAAAAGAAUACUGGGAAAGAGGAGCAACGCGCUCGUGAUUUGUUCUACGCUUUGUGGAUUCCUGAUUUGUUCAUGCAACGAGUUGAGAGCAACGGGGAUUGGUCACUUAUGUGUCCAGAUGAAUGUCCAGGAUUGGCAGAUGUGUGGGGAGAUGAGUUUGAACAACUCUAUACUCGGUAUGAAAAGGAAGGUCGUGCUCGUCGUGUUGUCAAAGCUCAAAAGCUGUGGUUUGCAAUUUUAGAAUCGCAGGUGGAAACGGGCACUCCAUACAUGCUUUACAAAGACAGCUGCAACCGAAAAAGCAAUCAGCAAAAUUUGGGGACAAUCAAAUGCAGUAACUUGUGUACAGAGGUGGUCGAGUACAGCAGUCCAGAUGAGGUCGCAGUCUGUAACUUGGCGUCUAUUGCUCUGCCUCGAUUUGUCACGUCCGAUCAACAGUACGACUUCAAGAAACUCUACGAAGUCACCAAGGUAGUGACCAGGAAUUUGAAUAAAAUCAUUAAUGUCAACUACUACCCUGUGCCACAAGCAAAGACGUCAAACUUUCGUCAUAGACCCAUUGGCAUUGGAGUGCAAGGAUUGGCUGAUGCGUUUAUCUUGAUGAGAUAUCCGUUUGAGAGUGAAGAGGCAGUUGAGUUGAAUAAGAGGAUAUUUGAGACGCUUUACUAUGCUGCACUGGAGACAUCAUGUGAACUUGCCGAAGAGCUUGGACCAUAUGAGACAUACGAAGGCUCUCCUGUCAGCAAAGGGAUUCUGCAGCAAGAUAUGUGGGGUGCACCUGAUCCGGAAGGUCUGUGGGACUGGAAAGCACUACGAGAAAAAAUUGCAAGACAUGGCGUACGAAACAGUCUUCUAUUGGCGCCAAUGCCCACCGCUUCAACUGCUCAGAUUCUUGGAAAUAAUGAGUCAAUUGAGCCGUACACCAGCAACGUGUACAGCCGUCGUGUUCUGAGCGGAGAAUUCCAAAUCGUCAACACACAUCUGAUGAACGAUCUUGCUGCAAAAGGUCUAUGGAAUGGCGACAUGAAACAGAAACUUAUUGCCAAUAACGGGUCAGUGCAGAAAAUUGAGGAAAUUCCAGACGACCUGAAAUUGUUGUACAAAACAGUUUGGGAAAUUUCUCAGAAAUCUCUGAUCAAUAUGGCUGCCGAUCGGGGUGUAUUUGUUGAUCAGAGUCAGUCGUUCAACGUUCACAUGGCCGAACCGAAUUAUGGAAAACUGACAAGCAUGCACUUUUAUGGUUGGAAGAAGGGUUUGAAGACCGGCAUGUAUUAUCUACGCAGCAAGCCUGCAGCCAGUGCCAUUCAGUUUACUAUUGACCAGAAAUUCAAGACGACACAGAAAGGCAGCAGCUCACCGAGAACACCAACCCGAACGGUCGAAGACAAACAACAGCGAGAAGAAGACGAAGACGCUAUGCGAUGCUCCCUGCAGAACAAAGAAGCGUGUCUCAUGUGCAGUGCGUAGUAGAUUUGUCGGACAGCCCAAUUAAAAUAUUUAGUUUGGGUACAAUGUGUCACAUACAAUCAGCACAACUCAUGCAAUUGUAUUAUUAUUGCUAUACUUUGACUCGUAUGUAGAGUGUAGUCUCGAUAAAUGGUUGAUGCUGUUUAUGAUCAUGUGUAAUGUGUGGUAAUUGAGUGACGUUUUGCUUUCA